UAUAUAAAUUAUAAAAAUUAAUUUGAUGCUUGCAGGCACUACAAGAAAUCUCUGUUGAAGAUAGGAGAAGAAAAUUAGAUAAUAGUAGUGCUGAAUUAUCUGCUAUAAGCAAUCGUAUUGAAGAUGUGAAUCAAAAUAUAAAAGAAUUAGAACAGAAAAUUGAAGGAAUGAAUUGUGAGCAAAAAGAACUACAACGAGAAUUAGAACAUUGGAAAAGUCAAGAGAGAGAUUAUCAAGAGCGAAUAAAUGAAGAUGCUAAAGAUUUAGAAAAAAUGACAAGCAAGCAGUCCUUGCUUUUGAAAAAGAAAGAAGAAUGUAUGAGAAAGAUCAGAGAAUUAGGAUCAUUACCUUCUGAUGCAUUUGAAAAAUAUCAAAAUCUUAGUUUUAAGCAAUUAUUCAAAAAGUUAGAACAGUGUAAUCAAGAAUUAAAAAAAUAUAGUCAUGUGAAUAAGAAAGCUUUAGAUCAGUUUAUAAACUUUUCUGAACAAAAAGAAAAACUAGUCAAAAGGAAAGAGGAACUUGAUCGUGGUCAUGAGUCUAUACUUGAAUUAAUGAAUGUUCUGGAGCAAAGAAAGUAUGAAGCUAUUCAACUUACAUUCAAACAAGUUUCAAAAUAUUUUAGUGAAGUUUUUAAAAAAUUAGUUCCUCAAGGACAUGCUACCUUAGUUAUGAAAACUGAAAACGAUGAAAGUGGUUCACAAGAACACCAUUCAGUAAUUCCAUCUGUAGAACAGUUUACUGGCGUGGGAAUAAGGGUUUCAUUUACUGGGAAAGCAGGUGAAAUGAAAGAGAUGCAACAACUUUCGGGAGGGCAGAAAUCUCUUGUUGCUUUAGCAUUGAUAUUUGCCAUUCAGAAAUGUGACCCAGCUCCAUUUUAUUUAUUUGAUGAAAUUGAUCAAGCACUUGAUUCUCAACAUAGGAAAGCUGUAUCAGAUAUGAUUCAUGAACUAUGCAAGGAUGCUCAGUUCAUAACAACUACAUUUAGACCAGAACUUUUAGAAAAAGCUGACAAAUUUUAUGGUGUAAAAUUUCGCAAUAAGGUCAGUCACAUUGAAGCCGUAACUAAAGAAGAAGCUCGAGACUUUGUUGAAGAUGACACCCAACAUGGUUGAAUCAAAUUAUUAAUUUUUCAUUAGCUCCUUAUGUAAUGUCUGUGGUUUUAGAUAAUUUAUUUUUACUUGCAUUAAAAAAUUCCAAAACAUUUGAAUAUGUUAUUGUACAAAUCUCAUUUGUUUAUCAUAUGUGAACUAUCUAAUUACUGUUCUUUUUGUUGUAAAAACUACUUUAGAUCCUUACUAAGUUUAAUCAAAUUUCCUUUACAAAAAUUUAUGAACUGUUGUCAGAUGGUAAGUUUAUAAAUGUAGUCAAAGUCAGUCCAAAGGAAGUGUUGGAAUAUCAAUAAAGUUAAAUUUGGUUAUAUGUUAAAUAACCAUGAUGUUUUAACCAAUAGUUUGGUUAAUAAUUCAGAAGUGAACAAAAUAUUUUUAAGAAUGAAAUUAUUGGAAAAUUUAUUUGUAUGAUUGAAAUGCAUAACACAGAUGAAUGGUUUAUGCAAAAAUCUUGUGCUUCUGAUUAUCUUUUAAGUUUUUGAUGUAUGUUUUCUUAACAACUGUUUAGUCUUUUAUUCUCAUUUAUCUUUCAUUCUUUUAUAUUUUACUGAGGAUGAAAUUCUUAGUAAAAGAAAAUUUUGUAUGUAAAUCCAUUCAAACAAAAUACAAUGUUGCCAUUAAUCAUUUCAUGUUUGAAUACUGUAUCAUAAAAAAUUGUCAUAUUAAAGUGU